AGCAGAAUCAACCAAAACAAACAAUUCAGCUGCGAUGAACAAUAGUAUAAAAGUAUUUUACAGAAGAAAAAUGCUAAAUAAUGAUGAAUAAUUUAAGGAUUUUGUUUGUUCUUCAGGUUAUUGCUGUGACGUCGGAAUAUGCAGUUAGAUGCCCCGUUGCAGCAGAAUGGCGUUUUAGAGGGAAAAAGUUUAACUGUGGUGAUACACAAUACGUAUGUUUGUUUCGUUCGCCAGGGGAUACAUAUCAUGAGACCUGCAAUGGACUUGAUUAUAGCAGCACAGGCAGUAAACUUAUAUAUGAACCGUACUUCAACAAAGCACUCUGCAGCAUCAAUCGUUAUCAACCUUUCCCCUUCUCAACUGAUGGAAACAGUAAAUGUGUGUUUCAAAAGUCAUUUUGUAAUGAAAAGGGACAAUACGCUUUUCAAACUGGAACUUUGAAAAGUGACACAACAUGUGGAUGCGACUUGUCAAGAGGAUACGAAUUUGCUACCAAACCAAGAAACAACUGCUACUGCAUACCGUCGGAAGAAGACUGUUCCUGUCACAAACUUCCUUGCAAUGAAAAAGAUAAACAAUGUCCCAGUGACAGUGAUGAAGUAUUAGCCAGAUCGUUAGCAGAAAACCAUAUGCUAACAACAUUAGUAAUAGAUCAAUUUAAUAACGCUGACGAUGAAUACAAUGGUAAAACACACAGAUUGCAGUGUUUAUAUAUUACCACAGUAUUACUAAUAUUCAUGACCAGUGUUGUUUCUCUCUACAUCAUGGUAUGUAAGAAAAUUCACAGAUUAAAGGAAAUAAACCGUCAACAUAUUCAGAUGAAUCAAAAUGAAAUCAUUUAUAAACGUUCAUUUGAACAGUUUGAAAAACAGUUUGAACAGUGGAAGAAAGAUGAUGACAAGUUUGUAGGUACAGCUUUAGAGAAAAAACUAAUGAAAACUGUUUUGAAACAAAGUUCCAUUACCCUCGUAGGGAACUCUGGCGUUGGAAAAACUUUCCUUUUAAGACACAUUGCCCUCAAAAUGAGUAAACAUGGUUAUACUGUUAUUCCGUGUAGUCAAGCUAGAGAUAUUUCUUUUUUUUAUAAACAUGGGAGGAAAACAUUAUUUGUCUUUAAUGACGUAUGUGGCCGUUAUACUCUUGAUCAACAAGAGUACACUGACUGGAAACAAAGGCUUGAUGACAUAAGAUCUCUCCUUGAAGACAAAUAUUGUAAAAUUUUGUCUACAUUUAGGUUAGACGUUUACAAGGAUAAGCAAUGUAGCAAUUUGUCAAUUUUUAAAAUGUGCAAUGUGGAUUUAAGUUCAAAGGAUUACAGAAUAAGUGAUGCUGAAAAAAUAGCCUUAGCUGAAGUGUACUUUAAAGUAAAUACUGACGAGGUAAAGGAAUUGUCGGCAACAUAUGAAUGUUUCCCACUUUUGUGUAGUUUAUAUUAUAAACAAAAACUCCAAGACCAUGUUAGCGUUAAGUCUUUUUUUAGCAAUCCUUUUGCUGUUUUUGAAAAUCAAGUUCAACAAAUGAUAAGCGAAGGUGAUAAUGGUAAGUUGAAAUAUUGUAGCUUGGUCCUUUGUGUAAUGUUUAACAACACAUUGACUGAAGAAAACUUGUCCAUUAAAGAUAUUGAUACAGUGAUAAAAGCUUCACUUACAGAAUGUGAACUAAAUAAAGAAACAUCCACCAAGAGUUUAAGGAAAUCCCUUGAAACACUUGAAGGUACAUAUGUGGUGACGGAAGAUACUACAUACAAAAUCAUCCAUGAAAAGCUGUUUGAUUUUUUGGCCAAGUACUUUGGGGAAAAGAUGUUACAGCUCUUUAUUGAUCAUGCCGAAACUGCAUUCAUACAUGAGAGAUUUCUAAUGAAGACAGCAUAUUUAACGGGCACAGAAAUAGAGUUUUCAAUAACAAUUCCUGAUAAUUAUGUCAACAGUUAUAUCGAGAGACUUCUGAAGGACUGGCUGAAUGGUUUUAUAUACCGUGUAUUUCAUAACAGAAACAUGAAUGAUACUAAAUUUACAAAUACAUUAGUAUCAAGUUUAAACAAACUCGAUCAAAGAAAGCAGUUAGAACUUGUUUGUACUCAGGAUAAUCAUAAUAAAUAUACAGCACUUGCAGGGAGUUGCUUUAUAGGUAAUGUUGAUCUGGUCGGGUGGUUGAUAAGUAAGCAUAGAGACAUUAAUCAUCGUACUGUUGAUGGUUGCUCACCUUUAUUUUGGGCAAGUCAGGAAGGCCAUGUUAAUGUUGUUAAGAAACUUUUACAAUAUUCUCCAAACAUAAAUCAAUGUGACAAUGAUGGCGCAUCACCUUUGUAUGUCUCAAGUCGGAAUGGACACAUAAAUGUUGUAAAAGAACUGUUACAAAAUUUAGCGGAUAUCAAAAAGUGUAACAAUAAUGGUGUUUCACCUCUGUUAAUAGCAAGUCAGGAAGGUCAUGUUGGUAUUGUUAAAGAACUUGUUAAAUUUUCAGCAAACGUUAAUCAAUGUGACAAUAAUGAUGCAUCACCUUUGUAUGUCUCAAGUCAGAAUGGACAUGUUAAUGUUGUUAAAGAACUGUUACCAAAUUCAGCAGAUGUCUCUAUCCGUCACAAAAAUGGUGUUUCUCCUCUGUGUAUAGCAAGUCACAACGGACAUGUUGAUGUUGUUAACGAACUCUUACAACAUUCAGCAGACGUAAAUCAGUGUAACAGUAAGGGUAUGUCACCUCUGUAUAUAACAAGUAAGGAAGGACAUGUUGAUGUUGUAACAAAACUGUUAGAAUAUUCAGCAGAUGCCAACCAGUGUUGUUAUGAUUGUUCAUCACCUCUGUAUACAGCAAAUCAGGAAGGUCAUGUUAAUGUUGUCAAAGAAUUAUUACAUCAUUCAGCAAUGGUAAAUCAUUGUAACAGUAAGGGUAUGUCACCUUUGUAUAUAGCAAGCCAGGAAGGACAUGUUAAGGUUGUUCAAGAACUUCUACAACAUUUUGCAGAAGUAAAUCAGUGUAAACAUAAGGGUAUAUCACCUCUGUAUAUAGCAAGUGAAAAAGGACAUGUUGAUGUUGUUUCAAAACUGUUCGAAUAUUCCGCUGAUGUCAAUCAGUGUUGUUAUGAUGGUUCAUCACCCCUUUAUAUAUCAAGUCAGGAAGGUCAUGUUAAUGUUGUCAAAGAAUUGUUAAAACAUUCAGCAAUCGUAAAUAAGAGUAACAGUAAGGGUAUGUCACCUUUGUAUAUAGCAAGUCAGGAAGGACAUGUUAAUGUUGUCAAAGAACUGUUACAACAUUCGGCAGACGUAUAUCAGUGUAAACAUAUGGGGGCAUCACCUCUAUAUGUAGCACGUCAAAAUGAACAUGUUGAUAUUGUUAAAGAACUGUUACAAAAAAUAGCAGAAGCAGAAAACUUUUAUAAUGAUGAUGCAUCAGCUUCGUGUGUAGCAAGUCACGAAGAACAUGGUAAUAUUGUGUGCUAACAUUCAGAAGAAGUAUCGUCUAAUAGAGCCAAACUGUCAUGUGACACGUUUUAUUGUUGAAGGCCAAUGAAUAUGUUAUUUUCAACUUUAUAUGGGUUUACAUGGACGUGUGACCUUUAAAAAUGUUUGGUCCUCAAUGCUCUUCAAUCUCGUUCUUUAUUUAGCCUAUUUAACUUUUUUUAUUCGAGCGUCACUGAUGAGUCUUUUGUAGACGAAACGCGCAUCUGGCACAAAUACAAAAUUUCAAUCCUGGUAUCUAUUUUUUAUUCAUAUCGCUGUGACUGUGCAUCAAUAAUAAGAUUGUGUUAACAAGCUAAACUUGUGUAGAUAUUAUCAUGUAUCGACUAAAGAUGAUAAAUUGCAUGAUAAUUAUUAAGACUUGAGUCAAUUGUUUAAUACCUUAUUAUGAUAUUUCGACUCGAAGUGAUUAAUCGCAUGAUAAAUUGUUCAGACAUAGGUCAAUUGUUGAUGACCUUAUUUGGACUAAAGGUAAUAAAUAAUAAUUAUAAUGAUAAUAAAAUAAUAUAAAAUAGAAUAAU